AGACGGAAGUAUCUAUUCAGGAAGCCGUUCCUCAUAAGGUUGUUGUUCUGUCCUCCGAGAAACUGAAAGUGUCAAAUCAGCCAGAGAUCAACAAUCCAACACAGAUUCGAAAACGAUUAACUUUGCUAAAUAUUCGGAAGAGCUCCAGAUCACAGAGGUCUUGUACACUGAGCCAGUCGUGGCUCACUCAUGGUUGAUCUGGAGACCCCAUACAAAACCUGACACAUGAUGGCCUGUGAAGAUGAACCUCCAGAGAAGCACUGCUGGGUGUGUUUUGCCACGGAGAAAGAAGAUCGGGCUGCAGAAUGGGUCAGCCCGUGCCGCUGUAAGGGAUGUACAAAGUGGAUCCAUCAGGCUUGCUUACAGCGAUGGCUCGACGAAAAGCAGAAAGGCAACAGCGGUGGAACUGUGAGCUGCCCACAAUGUGGAACCGAAUACAGUAUAGUUUUCCCCAAAACGGGGCCCUUGGUGUACUUCCUCCAGCAGGUUGAUAGAGCUCUAUCCAGGGCAAGCCCAUUCGCUGCGGCUGGAGUGGUUGUGGGCACUGUCUAUUGGUCAGCCGUCACCUACGGUGCUGUCACAGUUAUGCAGGUAGUGGGCCAUAAGAAGGGUCUAGAUGUGAUGGAGCGUGCAGACCCUCUUUUCCUGCUCAUGGGUUUGCCCACCAUUCCAGUCAUGCUGGUACUGGGAAAAAUGAUACGUUGGGAGGAUUACGUCGUGCGGCUUUGGCAGCGUCACUCUUCCAAACUUCAGAUCUUUAAUGGGCUCGUUCCUGGGAUGGGGCGUUCUCUGCCCCGGAUCCCAGUGGAGGGCAGUUAUGGAGGAGACCAUCUCUCGGUGUCUCGUACCCUGUGCGGCGCUCUGGUCUUCCCUUCCGUCGCCAACCUGGUCGGUCGUCUCCUGUUCCGUAGGGUCACGUCUAACCUUCAGCGUACCAUCCUGGGUGGCAUUGCCUUUGUGGUGAUGAAGGGAGUGUUGAAAGUGUAUUUCAAACAGCAGCAGUACCUCAUACAGGCCAACAGACACAUCCUAAACUUCCCCGCACCGGAGGGAAGAGCAGACGGCAAUAUUGAAGAUAGCAACGAUGACAGCAGCAACGAAUAAAGACAAUGCACUUUGGGCAAGCAACAACUGCACUAUAGUAUAAGAUUGUUCAGAAUAAAAUGAUUCAUAUUUACAAAUGUUUUAAAGACAUUGUUAUUGUGUUUCACAUGGCCCUUAUGCAGUGUUCAGACAAGCUCACUUUGCAACAUAUUCUUUGUUAAACACAAGAAUGUCUCAUCUGUGAGAGGCUGGCUGUUUGCAUUUUAAAGUGCCUGUAAUAGCAAAAAGCACCACCAGAUGGUGCCAGAUGUAAGGGUAGUAAUAUUGCACAGUGCACUUGUGUGGCCUGUGAAGAAAUACAUUUUAAUUUAGACAGCAGACAUACCAGCAUGGUCACCCAAACAUUAUGCACAUUUAUUUUUCUGCUUAAAGUUGAUUGAUUUCUACAUUUUUCUAUAAGUAUAAGUGACAUAUAAAAAUAAACGUAGAAUUUAAUCUUAAAUAUUCUUCUCAUAAUUUUCUUAUGUGGGUGGUUAGAAGUCCAAUUUGGUAUAUGGGAGAAUCUCACAAAAUCUGUUUGUUAUUGUUAUUCUGUAUGAACAAUUUGAAAGAUCAUUUAAAUUUUCUCUCAUUACUGUAAUGAAUUUCAUUUGAGGAAAUGUGCUGAAUUGUUAUGAAAACAAUGUGCCAAUACAAAACAAAAAACAUA